AUCAUCUUCUGUCUGAAUCUUUCCCCGGUCCGGACUGUGACUCUCCGGACGUUGGCCGUUUGCAUAACAACAAUCUGCCGCCGCGCAGCAACACUUUGCCUAUAACUAAACCCAGUCAAUCCCACCAGCCCCAUCCAAGGACAAAUCUGCAGUCGCCCCCUCAGGUCGACACCCUCAAAGCUCAAGGACCCUCGGGCCCCUCAAAACGUAGACUCUUUGUUGAGCGAAGCCUCUCCUCAGAGGACCCACCAAGUGCCAGAGGCUCCGAGGGGAGCGCUGCUCUGAAGCCACCCAGGGUGUACACAAUAACCAGAGAAGGUGGGAUGACUCUUGGGGACUCCGGAAGCGAGGAGACUGUAGAGUUGGAGGUACUGAAGGGCCCCAGGGAGCACCCAGGCUCCCAACCCUCCAACCCCGCCAUCUAUAGCCUGUCCUGCACCAGCCAGCCAGCAGCUACAGCUGCCCGAGGCAGCCACCACCGCAGUAACCACCAUCGCGCUAGCCAUCACCAUGCCAACCAGCAACAGGUGGGGCCCUCAUCAUCCUCAGAACCUCUGCAGAGCUCAAGGAGUGCCAGCAACAUUGGUGACUGGGGGAUGAGGAGAGGCGGCUCCAGGGAGGACUACAGUCCAGACUGCGUGGCCUGCAUCCGAGCGCCGUGCCAAAGCCAGAGGUCACUGGACCUGGACACCUCGCCACGGGAUGGAGGGAAGCCCCGCAAGAAGCUGGAGAGGGUGUACAGCGAGGACAGGACGUCCACUGACGACAGGGAGAACGGCUCUAAUAGCUGGUUCCCCAAGGAGAACAUGUUCAGCUUCCAGACAGCCACCACCACCAUGCAGGCCAUAUCGGCUUUUCGUGGCAUUGCUGAGCGAAAGAGACGGAAAAGAGAGCAGGAGACUGCCACCAUGAUGGAAAGAAAUUUCCGUAAACACCUCAGGAUGGUUGGCAGUCGCAGGGUGAAGGUCCAAACCUUCGUCGACCGCCGAGCCAAGAGCUUCAGCCGCUCAUGGAGUGAUCCCACCCCCGUCAAGCCCGAGUCUAUUCAUGACUCCAGAGACAGUGGUGAGCUUCAGACCUCCUCAGGGACUCUAGAUGAAGGGCUUGAUGAGGAUGCUGACUGGGAGGAGGAGAGGGAUCUGGAGAGGGCGGCCUGCGAAGGAGACGAUUUCAUCCCACCAAAAAUCAUGCUCAUAUCCUCCAAGGUACCGAAGGCUGAGUACGUUCCCAACAUCAUCCGCAGGGACGACCCCUCCAUCAUCCCUAUCCUAUAUGACCAUGAGCACGCCACCUUCGAUGACAUUCUCGAAGAGAUAGAGAAGAAGCUGACAGCCUACAGGAAGGGCUGCCGGAUCUGGAACAUGCUUAUUUUCUGCCAGGGGGGUCCAGGACAUCUCUACCUGCUGAAGAAUAAAGUGGCCACCUUUGCCAAAGUGGAGAAGGAGGAAGACAUGGUGCAGUUCUGGCGGCGCCUCAGCAGGCUGAUGAGCAAACUGAACCCGGAGCCCAACCUGAUCCACAUCAUGGGUUGUUAUGUGCUGGGAAGCGCUAAUGGAGAGAAGCUUAUCCAGACUUUGAAGAGGCUGAUGAGGCCGUUGUCUGUCGAAUUCAAGUCUCCACUAGAGCUGUCAGCCCAAGGCAAAGAGAUGAUCGAGAUGUACUUCGACUUCCGCCUGUACCGCCUUUGGAAAAGCCGUCAGCACUCCAAGCUGCUGGACUACGAUGACCUCUUGUGACCUCACCGACUCAACUUUGGGCUUGUCAGCCGGCUAUAGCGAGCCUGAGCCUACUGUUGCAUGGUGACAGGGUGUUUGGAUCCCAGGGGGCCCCUGCCCUCUUGGUUGGCCCCGCGGGCCUCUGGCUCUGCAGCAGAGCUGGAGCAGCAGCAGUGCAGUAGGGUGUCUUUUUUGUUUUCUUUUCUAGAACCUUCUGAAAAGGCAGAAUGUGGCCUUGUAGAAACACCCAGGAGGUCGAGGGUUUUUAAACUCUUAACUAUUUUCACUGUCUGCCUGACUCUGGGGGAUCAGAGGAGGAAGCGGACAGGAAGCAGGAGGAGCAGCGAAUCUAAAUGUGUCAGUGAUGCUGAAAGACUGACAGCAGACAACAGAACGAUCCCCAUGUAAACUUUAGAGCAAAGCUUUUAUUUUCCUUGCCUUGCCUUUAGUAAACUACUCAGCUCUUCUAAGACGGAGACUUUUAAGAAAAAGAUUUAGUCGGUUUUUUCCACGUGAUAAAGCUUUUUACUAAAGGAAGCAGAGCUUAUAUGUAAAUAAGUCAUCAAAGCAUCUUAGGAAUAGGUUUUCAACCUUUCUGUCUGUGGCAUUGCGUUAAGAAACAGCUUUUAUUUGUACAAUACAUUUAGAUUUACAAAUUGAAUAAGCUGAAACUUUUGUUUUUUGGAGAUAAAACCUCCAGGUAAACGUGUUAGUAUUUCAUACAGACUGUUGUAUGAACUCAGGUGAAAUCUCUUAGACUUACUGUACAACUAACUGUAGAUCAGAAGCUGAAGGCCUUUUAUAAGCCACACAUCCUCAGUGGGACGUCACGUCACUUCUGCAGCGCAGAGACUUUUUGUUUGGCAUUCUCAUGGAGUCGGCAGUAGCUGAACACAUAGAUGCACCCGCGCAUGUUUGUCUGCCUGGCGGCGGUGUGCGGCAGACAGACCCGCUGAGGCGGUUUUAGCUGCUCUUUCUUGAAAUGCUGGCGCACAGGUGCCUUUUUUUACCACCUGUGUGUAUUUUAGCUGCAUGUGUUGAGCUCAAAGCGUGUUUCCCUUGGUAGCCUGUGAAGAUCUGCAGGUAGACAACCUUCAUAUGAAGUAGGUGAUGCAUAGACUUAUUUGUAUAUUUAGCUUAUUUUCAAUAUUUUUAGUAGUUUUUCAAAUUAUUAUUGUUAUUAUUUUUUUUAAGAUUUAACUUAAAUCUUACAAAGUAGCAAUGAUUAGUAAAGGCAAUACUUAGAAUCUUCCUUUCCGUGAAGCAUUUUGAGCUGUUUGACAGGAACACAGUAGGAUUUGAAAGGCGCCCUCUGGUGGUUCAGUGUUGCUUCCCCGGAGUUGGACUUUAACAUUCAUGGUCUUUCUUGGUGUCUUUUGAUGAGACUGGAGAUUUAUUGUUGUAUCAUAUCUUUUGAGCAGAAAUGCCACUUUUUUCUGGCAUUUUUCAAACAAAUACAUAAAAACUAAAAUGUGUUAAAUAUAAAACAUUAGCUAACAACUUUCAUUUGAAAGCAAGCAUCAGCCAUUUCUAUUGCUGCUUCAAUGACAUCAUAGAUUAAUACAUUACUGCAGCUAUAAGGUCUGAUAUCUGUAAUUAUUUCUAUGUGUUUUAAUUAUUGAUACAUAGACACUCGUGAAGAAUGCUAAAUAAACACUUUUGUUAAAUCAGCUGGAGGUCUGGGCAUGUCAAGGAUGAAGAUUAAAUUCAGUCGUGUUGGCUGAGAUUAAAGGUGACACAGCAGGCCAUUUGAAAGAAUUCUGUGAUUCUUAUGAAAAUAUCUUUUUAACUUUGCUCUGCUGGUGUCUGUGUUCUAGCUCAUGGGUCUGCAACCUGCGGCUCUGGAGCCACAAGUGGCUCUUUGCACUAUGGAUGCACCGAUGGUAAAGUUUGGGACGAUAUCGAUAUCCAAUAUUAAUAUCGCUGUUAUGGCUGAUAACUGAUGUUUACAGAUAUUUUACAUCUAUAUAAAUAUUUCACUAUCCUUUCAACACCUUGAAAGAAAUGAUCACAGAGCUGAUUUAACUUCAGCUUAACGCCCCACAAUCCUUCACUGCAUGACUGUCCUUGUCACAUGUCCAAACAAAUACAACAUGACCAGCCUCCAGAAACCAGUGGUAAAUCAUGGAAGCAAACAUUGGUUGUUAAUAUCGGCACAGUUUUAUAUAUAUCAGACCCAUGUCAAUAUGUA